GAGGGCUUCUAUGGUAAAAACGCCAGAUGAUAUGGACAGGAGGUCUACUACAAACGUAUCGCCGCUACUAGAUCUUCAAUCAAGGAGGUCUGCUACAGUUACACCGGAUCAGACGCCAGAUGUUAAAAGUAGGAGAUCUAAUACCGUGGCGCAAGAGCAGGGGUUAGUCGUGCCAGCACGAGGAGGAAGGGGUAGUUUGGUCGCUAGAAAAGACGUUGAGGCACUGCGACCAGAAGAGGACCAGAUGAGAGGAUUAGAGGGAGCAUCCUCGAUGCCUAAGAAGUCCUUGCGUGGAUUACGAGGGAUGAUGGAAUCGCCCGCUGACAUCUUGCAGUCACAGGCAGUCCGAAACUAUCGGCAGACUGUUAAUAGUACGAUGGCUAGCGCUCCCCCUUGUAGUGUUGAAGAGAAGCCCCGCGACGAAAAUCAGAAUAGUAUACAACCUGAGAGGACACCAGCCCCAACGACAGACAAACCAAAUCCAAAAAAUGCAGG